CUCCCAUGCUACACUACACCAUAGCUACCGGAUCAUGUUUCCAUCUUCUCAACAAAAUCCAUCCAAAUGAUCACCUCCUCCGCUUCUCAUCAUCAGCGCCUCCCGCCACCGCCUCCCGGCCUCCUCCGCAGAUCCGUCACGUGGCUCUUCCUCGCCCUCCUCUUGAUCUACCUCUUCUACUCCGCCAAAGUCAUUCUCAUCAAAGACUACUACUCCUCAUCCCCUCCAUCUGACUGUGGCACCAGCAACAACUAUGAUGAUCAUCUCCGCCGCCUCUCGGUUUCCUCUCCGCCUCCUCCUCCGCCUCCCCCGUCUCCUCCGCCUCCCCCUCAGCGUCCCUCGUUCCGCGACAACACUGAGCUCAAACACGUCGUGUUUGGGAUCGCAGCGUCGUCGAACCUCUGGGAGAAGCGGAAGGAGUACAUAAAGACGUGGUGGAGACCCGAGGAGACGCGAGGGGCGGUUUGGCUCGACAAGAAAGUUGAGGUCCAGAACAACGAGGUGUUGCCACAGAUCAAGGUCUCUGGCGACACCUCGAAGUUCAACUACACCAACAGGCAGGGCGACAGGUCGGCGCUCCGGAUAUCGAGGGUGGUUUCAGAGACGCUGAGGUUGGGGAUGGAAGACGUGAGGUGGUUGGUGAUGGGAGACGACGACACGGUCUUCAUCGUGGACAAUGUGGUGAGGGUGCUGAACAAGUACGAUCACAACCAGUUUUACUAUAUCGGUAGCUCGUCGGAGAGCCACGUUCAGAACAUAUUCUUCUCCUACGCCAUGGCGUACGGCGGAGGCGGGUUCGCAAUUAGUUAUCCUUUGGCGAAGGAGCUCGAGAAAAUGCAGGACCGGUGCAUCUCGCGAUAUCCGGGGUUGUAUGGCAGCGAUGAUCGGAUUCAUGCUUGCAUGGCUGAGCUUGGAGUGCCCCUGACCAGAGAACCCGGAUUUCAUCAGUAUGACGUGUACGGAAACUUACUAGGUCUACUAGGAGCACAUCCAGUGGCCCCGCUUGUCUCGAUCCACCACCUGGACGUGGUGGCACCCAUCUUCCCAGACAUGAGCCGAGUGGAGAGCUUGAAACGCCUCUUCGAGUCGGUCAAGCUUGACUCGGCCAGCAUAAUGCAACAGUCCAUCUGCUACGACAAAGAGAGGUACUGGUCCAUCUCCGUAUCCUGGGGCUACGUCAUUCAGGUGAUCCGGGGCAUGGUUUCUCCCAGAGAGCUGGAAAUGCCGCCGCGGACCUUCCUGAACUGGUACAGAAGGGCGGACUACACGGCAUACGCGUUCAACACCCGGCCGGUGACGAAGCACCCCUGCCAGAAGCCCUUCAUUUACUAUAUCAGCAAAGUGAGGUUGGACAGGAGUAGGAAUCAGAUCAUUGGGAUUUACUAUCGCCAUAGAGAGGCAUACCCUUAUUGCAGGUGGAAGGCCGACUCCCCUCAGAAUAUUGACUCCAUUGUCGUCUUGAAAGAGCCUGAUAGCGCCAGAUGGGAAAAGUCACGGAGAAGAGAUUGUUGUAGAGUAUUACCAUCUCGACAGAACGCGAGAAAUCUCUACUUAUGGGUAGGGAGUUGCAAAGAAGGAGAAGUGAGUGAGUUUUAGAGGAUAUAUGUGUAUAAUGCUGAUAUCUCCAUUCUCCAUGCAUGGCAACCUUAAAUAUAUCUCUCUCGAUUAAGUAUUAAUUUGGCAAUGGGGAAAAAGCUACAUGGAUUGGUGCAACAUGAGACAUGACAACAUAUGAUGUCAUUUUCAAGCUUGACACGUAUAGAAGGCUUAUACAAAGCUGCAGUAGUAGGACUAACAUUGAGGACAUGGACUAAAUUAAAUAUGGGAUCUAAUCACUACAUACAUAUCCAUUGACAUUUUUCAUCGUGUG